AUGGAGGUCGACAACCAUGGGUCGUCGACCUCGAACUCGACAACCCGACAGAGAAGCAGCUCUCAGCCUUCUGAGGGCCCUGUGAAGCGAAACGACGAGCACGAUUCCCUGGUCACCGUCCGCCUGUCGGAACCGCCCAGACAGCUGACCCUCAACACCAACGUGGACACCAAUGGCACGAUUCAGAACAGGAGGAGUCUGUUUUCUGGCAACUUGAGUGCCAGCCCGAUCAGCCCCAGCCCCCUUAGUGCGUCUUCUGAGACAAAGCUGGAAGACGAGAUUAUGAGCCCUGUCACGACCACGUAUGGUUCAAAAGCAAAUUUGCAAGAAGAAUUGGAUGCACUCCAGGAUACCGAGGACGACAGCAAGACGAUAAGCGGCGCUGAAAUCAACGAGGACUCUGACGACGACGACGAAGAGGUAAACUGGGAGCAACUGCAGAAAACAGAGGACGCCGUGGUCAAGGACAACGAUUCUGAAGACUCCACUGCCAUGCUCCUCGCACGCCUCGAGCAGGCAAAUGAUGAGCUGGCCACCAACCCAAAAAGUAUUAAGGCCAAGAGUCCGCUCGAAAGGAUUCAGCAAUCUGCCCGCAAGCCGCGACCGCCUUCUAUGGCACAGCUACGAGAGAUGGUCCAGGGGCCCAUUGCGGCCCCUCUGCGGUACUCGAUGCUGCCGCCGCCUCCGAUGACAGACCUCGAGUUCUACGCAGCACUUGUCAAGGACUACCAACAAACGGCCGCCCGCCUGCCGACGCUGCUAGCCAAUAAGAUCCGCAAGGGCAUCCCACCGCCGCUUCGUGGAGUUGUCUGGCAGAGCAUGUCCGGGGCGAGGGACUCGACGCUCGAGGACGCAUUCGAGAGGUUCACCGGCGAGUCGAGUCCGUACGAGGGCCUGAUCGGCAAGGACCUCGGGCGCAGCUUUCCGGGGGUGGACAUGUUCCGUGACCCUGACGGCGACGGGCAACGGAUGCUGGGGCGGGUCCUCAAAUGCUACAGUUUGUACGACCAGAAGAUCGGGUACUGUCAGGGGCUCGCACUAUUGGUCGGGCCCCUCCUGAUGCACAUGACGGACAAACAGGCGUUCUGUGUGUUGGUCAAGUUGAUGGAGAAUUAUGAUCUGCGGUCGUCCUUCACGCCGGACCUGCAUGGGCUGCACGUCAAGAUUUACCAGUUCCGGGAACUGCUACGGUUGGAUCUGCCAGCGCUGUCAGGCCACCUCGAUGAUUUGCAGGUCGAUCCCGCCUACGUUUCACAAUGGUUCCUGUCUUUCUUCGCGGUGACAUGCCCUCUGCCGAUGCUGUUUCGCAUCUACGAUGUCAUUUUUGCCGAGGGUGCAAUCGAGACGAUCAUGCGGGUGGCCCUGUCGCUAAUGCGCAAGAAUCAGGGGCGCAUCCUUGCCUGCACCGAAAUGGAGGAUGUGCUGCAGCUCCUCCUCUCCCGUGGCCUGUGGGAUUGCUACCACUACAACGCUGACGAGUUUGUGCAUGACUUUGUCAGUCUAUCCAGCGUUGUGACUAGAGAACGACUCGCGGCGCUAGAACAGGGGUACAGGGAGAGCCAACUGACCACCCCACCCGCCAAUACAAGCGCCAAUGCUGCACGGGCAUCGGCCGUGUCCACUGCUGCAUCCCGCUUCCUGGGCCGCCUUUGGGCCAACUCGACCACCUCUCUGAAAGCAUCGCCCAAUACAACCUCCGCCAACCUCACCCCCGGAGCAGCAUCGCGCCCAAUGAGCAUGUUGCGGCGCACUGCAUCCAAGCAGAGCCUAGCCUCUACCUUGAAUUCCAUGGAGGCCGGCUCGUCAACCUCCACCUCGUCUGCCUCAAGUGUACUUACCGAAGCCACCACUAUUUCCAGGGACUCGGCCGCCGACGACAGCGCCAUCCCCGGCAAGCUGGCCGUCCAAAACAACAACUCCGAUAGCAAGAACCUCCACAGCCAGAUCGAAGACCUCCUCGUCGCCCUGAGCGAUCUUCAGCGACAACACGCACAGCUCGCCGACCAAUUACAAAAGGAGAGGGAAGAGAGGGAAGAGGAUCGCGCGGCCGUCCGCACGCUGCUUAGCGGAUUGAGGAAGAAGGCAAGCAACGAGACCUUAACGACUGCACACAGCGCCGACAGCGAAGAGACAAUCAAACCACAUGACGGCGCGGAUCACGGCCAUGGAGAGAAGCUCACUGGCGAGGGGCUUUCGGAGCUUUUGGACAAUCUUGAGGAUAGAUUCGGCAUCGAUCCCAACAAGAGACGGUCAUCGAUAACACAAACCAAGACGCAGAUGCGGGAUGAUGUCACGAGAGCCAAAGAACAUUUGCGCAUCGAAAUGACCAGGACUCAAGAUGCCAACAGGCGGGCCCUGGACCUCGAGGAAGAGAUCAAAACCAUGAAGGAGCAGCUGCGGGAAAGCCACGCCCACGUGCGAAACCUGCACACCGACAAACAGCGUCUGGAGAAGCAGAUUCACAGCAUGCGCGUGCGCGCUUCUGACUCGACCGGUAACGACGGUGGAAACAGCUGGUUGUCCAGAACCCCCAGCACCAAGUCCACCAAUGCUGGCCUGCGGGAGUUCAAGCUCAACCGCAGCAAGUCGACCCCUUCGCAGAUUAGCAUCAACAAGCGUACAUCGUCAUUGCUUAUGAUUGAUCCAAAGGAGCCCAUGCCACCUCCCCCGACGUCGGCACCGACGUCGAUGCCAACGCCGGCGUCACAGCAGCCAUCUCCAGCUGACGACAACGAGGCAUUGCUGCUUGAGCUGGUCCAGGCCAAGACGGCGCAGGCUGUCGCGAAACAAGAGGCCGAAGAGGCAAAACAGAAACUUGAGCAGCUCCGGAAGCAAAUGGGACUGCCGCCAGGGGACCAGCCAUUGCAAGCUCAACCUCCAUCUGGAUCCGUUAUGGGCAUGUUCCGGAGCUUCUCGUCGCCGGCUGCUGAAGCGCCGGUGGCUGCUGAGAAGACUGCUGCACCUGUGGCGGCUACACCAGCCCCGGCGGCGGCACCAGCAGCGACCUCAGGUGGUGGUGGGUUCUGGGGCUGGGGCAGGAAAUAA